UGCCACUAUCUACUGUUUGUGAAUCCUUUUUUCUUGGCGAUCAUAGAGAAUCUUCCUAUUUGCGAAUCCUUUUUUUCCUGGGGAUCGUAGAGAAUUCUUGGACUUCGGAACUGUCGUUCGCUUUUCUUGGACUUCCGAAAUGUAAUGAAAGGGAUCGCCUCCUUCGAAUGGUAACGAAAUCUCUUUGUUAUCUGUGUAGGGUUCUUCUUGUUGAUCCAGGAGAGGGGAACGAGAGAGAUCUCUCUGAUCCGGUGAGCCGUUGGAAAAGAGAUAACAAAAUAAAACAACUAUGCAAAAGGAUAGCUUCUCCAGUGACACUCCAUCAAAUCAUCUGGGGCGGGUUCGGCAUCGGAAACGCUCAGCUGAGGUUUCUCAAGAUGCAAAUAAAGCAAAUGGGGCAAAUUUGCUUGUCAAUGACCGCAACAAAUACAAAUCAAUGCUUAUUCGUACACAUUCAGCAUUGUGGAUGAUAGGGGGUUUUGCAUUUAUAAUCUACAUGGGUCAUCUAUAUAUUUGGGCCAUGAUUGUUGUCAUCCAAAUCUUUAUGGCAAGGGAGCUGUUUAAUCUACUUAGGAAAGCUAAUGAAGACAGACAGCUUCCAGGAUUCAGGCUUUUAAAUUGGCAUUUUUUCUUCACCGCAAUGUUGUUUACUUAUGGACGCUUUCUCAGCAGACAGCUUGUCAACACUGUAACUUCAGAUAAAUUGCUAUAUCAGCUUGUGAGCGGGCUUAUCAAAUACCAGAUGGUUAUCUGCUAUUUCCUGUAUAUUGCAGGUUUUGUCUGGUUUAUUCUUACACUAAAGAAGAAGAUGUACAAGUAUCAGUUUAGCCAGUAUGCGUGGACUCACAUGAUCCUUCUAAUAGUCUUUGUACAGUCCUCCUUCACUGUCGCAAAUAUUUUUGAAGGAAUAUUCUGGUUUCUUUUACCAGCUUCACUUAUCGUUAUCAAUGAUAUUGCUGCAUAUUUCUUUGGAUUCUUUUUUGGGAGAACACCUUUGAUCAAACUCUCUCCAAAGAAAACUUGGGAGGGUUUCAUCGGUGCAUUAGUCACAACUAUGUUCUCUGCUUUUGUGCUAGCAAAUCUAAUGGGUCGCUUCCGGUGGCUAACAUGCCCAAGAAAGGACUUGUCUACGGUAUGGCUUCACUGUGAUCCUGGGCCAAUGUUUAAACCAGAAUAUUAUCCUUUGCGGGUAUGGGUGCCUGAAUGGUUUCCCUGGAAAGAAGUACCAAUUCUGCCUGUGCAGUGGCAUGCUCUCGCUCUUGGUCUAUUUGCAUCAAUAAUAGCACCAUUUGGAGGUUUUUUUGCAAGUGGUUUCAAAAGGGCAUUUAAAUUUAAGGAUUUCGGUGAUAGCAUCCCUGGACAUGGUGGAAUUACUGAUAGAAUGGAUUGCCAAAUGGUUAUGGCAGUUUUUGCGUACAUAUACCAUCAAUCUUUUGUCAUGCCUCAGAGCUUUUCUAUUGAAAUGAUUCUGGACCAGAUACUAAGGAACCUUUCCUUUGAGGAGCAGCAAAUUCUGUACGAGCAACUUGGGAAGAUCUUUCAAGACAGGCAGGCGAUGCUAGCCUAAAACCAUCUGAUGCACUUCCAUUAGCUGCAGUGCUUGCAAAACUGUGCGCUCCAAAUUUUCUAUCCAUCACAUAGUUUUAAAUGCUUUGUAUAGCCCUUCAAAUCAUGUCGACAUGAAUCUCUAGUUUUAGUAGAAGCCUUGUAUAGUCUUUUGGAGACUUAUAUUUGGUAAGACAUCCAGUGGCUACUUAUCAAGAGAAAACGAACAUUCCAUUUGAAACAUGCA